CUGGGAGAGGAGUGGUGAGCAAAGGAGAUCGAGUGUGUCAAGGAUACUCGAACAGCUCCUCCACCUCCUCUCCACCACCUCUCCCUCGUGCCUGCUGCCAUACCCGUGCCUUCCUCGUGAUGAGCUUCAACUUAGAGGUGGUUCUUGAGCCUGAGAAGUCCUGUUACGUGAAUGGUGAUGACGUGACGGGCUGGGUUAAUGUGAAGGUGGAGACUGUCACGGCCUGCAGAGCCAUCCUUGCUCGUGCUCGUGGGUUCUGCGAGGUGACAUGGGAGUCCGAUGAUGAAAUGGUGACGGACACAGAGACCUUCUUCGACCACACCAUCACUGUCUGGUCCGGGGCAAGUUAUGGGGAGAACCUCAUGCCAGGUGAGUUCCGUCUACCGUUCUGCUUCAAACUCCCCGACAAACUCCCACCAACUUACGAGGGGAAGUAUGGCCACGUUCGGUACUCGGUGGAGGCGCAGAAUGACUUCCAGUGGGGUGCUGUGGCGAAGGGUAUUGCUCGAUUCAAAGUGAAGCCAAUACAGGACCUAAAUGAGGACCCUAAAUUGGUGGAGGCCCUACCACUGCACAAGGAGGAGAUGGUGUGCUGCCUGUGCUGUGAGGAGGGCCCGGUGCAGGUGUCCCUCACAGCGGAGAAGGGCGGCUAUCUGGCGGGGGAGUACGUGCUCAUAACAGGCGAGGUCACUAAUCGUACGUCCAAAGUGGUGGAGAGUGCCAAGAUUAUGCUGCUGCAGACCAUCACCUUCAAUGCCAAGGGUGAAAUUAAGAGGCAGAAGAAUUUGUUGAAGGAGGUGCAGAGGCCUGGCUUUGGCGCUGGGGCCACUGACAUCUGGCUAUCUGUUCCAAUACGUGUGCCAGACUAUGUUGUGUCCAUUGACCACUGCCAUAACAUCAGUGUGGAGUAUAAGAUCAGGGUUGAGUUUUCCGUGGGUGGGUACUGGGAUGUUGAUGUGGAGAACACCUUUAGAGUGGGCACUGUACCUGUGGGCAAGUUGGCAUUUGCUCUGGACGGCGACCCCACCAGUAACACCCAACCCUCAGCGCCACCACUGGAGGGUCCCAUCACACCACCUUCCCCGAUCCUGGAGCAGCCCCGUGCCCUCCCUGCCCCCAGCGACCCACUGCUGAAGGAAGGCAAGGAGGGAGAUGGCCGUAAUCUGCCUGUUUCUUAAGGUUAAUAUUGGUGUCUAGUCCAGUCUUUUCUAUGAGAGGAAGUCAAAAUGGUUGGUGAAAUGGAUAACAUGUAAUGGUAGUGCUGUGUGUGUGUGUGUGUGUGUGUGUGUGUGUUUGUGUUUGUGUGUGUGUGUUUAGCCAGGGUCCAGCACUGUAAGGAUGUGGCGCUUGAGUUGUGUUGAGUUGAGUCACAGCUCAGGAGUGUUUGAUCUGAGGGAUUUAAAGACUGAGUGAAUUGGUUCUUCCCCUUGGCUUCUAUUAUGUAAAAGUCACAUGUAUAAGGAUUUUUAAAGAUUGGCUAAAUGUCCUCUAUUUCAAAUUCACAUGUAAAUUCUAAAAGCCAAGAUGAAUAACGAAGUGCAUCUAGUGAAAAGUGAAAAAUCUGCUGGUGAUCCUAAUUAACAGAUCUCUAAAGCAGUGACUCACCAGCACAGAUUUUAUACCUAGCUGGACUUUUAUCAGUGUUCAGUUUUACAUAAUUUGUAAGAAGCUGAACCCAAGACCACACACUAGUUUAGAAAUAUUUGUAUGUUUAUAAUUCCUGACAUUGAAAUUUGAACCGCAGAUACAAGAACCUUAUUCGGAAACGUUUCAGCUCCACACCGAUUUUCCAAAGGGUCUUGUUGAGGCUUUACUGGUUAUCAAGGGUGCUUUUAUGGUUUAGUGACUGAUUAUCAAGAUUUUUUUUUACAUUAUUAACAAGGGAAACACUUGAGCACCUGGUUAGUCAUCUCUGUGGCCUUGGAAAACAGUCAUGGUGUGAGAUGGAAAGUUUAAGAAUACCUUGUCGUCACACUUUUUAUAACACAAACUUGAUCCGAUUCCUAAGUCUCAGUACAAUGCAAAUCACCGACCAAUUUUUCAUACUUUUAUAAGAUUGAUGCUGGCUCUACCUCACUCCCUUGAGGCAAAGUUUUGUACUGUAGUCUCUGUCUUGGUGCCGAGACAAAACUGAGCUUAGUAUUCGACUCAUCAGAAGAACAUAGAGUCACUGUCUUUCUAUAACACUGUGGCUUGAGUGUAUCUGUCUGUUGUGUUAAUUAGACCACUGUUCAUGCGAGAUUCACUGCAAACAUCUUCUCUUGCUCAUUCACUCACACUGCUCUUUCUCCCUCUCUUAGCCGUGAAGUGUGGUGACUGAAUGCUUUUUAUUUCUAGGCUACAUAUCUUUUAUUUCUCUCAGCCACUUUUCCCUAUUUCUCCCUCUUUCUGUCAUGAAGUGUGAUGACUGAAUCCUCAUCAUUUCCAGGUUUCAGGGAUGUGUGCUUAGUGUUUGUAUGUGACUUGUGGGAGCUUUGCCAUACUCAUAUACUCUUUGCAGUAAUACUCACCGCUGUGCACCAGGCUUAGUAGAAUCUCACACCUCAUGCCUCACUCGUUCCUGCUUCAAAUCUGAGGUGGAAGGUGGAGUUAAUGGAUGUUCUUGAGUGUUUAAGAGUGAACUGUGUGUGUGUGUGUGUGUGUGUGUGUGUGUGUGUGUGUGUGUGUGUGUGUGUUUCAUCCACACCUUUUUUCUUCCUUCUGUCUCAUUAUUUCAUCACCUGCUUCUGUAUCCUCACUCAUAACACAAAGCAACACACCACCACCUCAGGGCAACACAAACAUCCCACAGGUCCACCCACCACCUGUUGUCUGCAGUGCUGCCAACACAAGCACCCCAGCAACACAAAGAAGUGAUGUCAUUAUUAGUUUAGCAAUAGUAGUAGUGUUCCAUUCCAACACAAAGGGAUGGUAUUGGCAGCUCUGAUGUAACACUGCCAGAUGCAACAUGACCAAAUCAACACGUAGUAAAUUAGGUUAGUUUUUAUAAGUUUUGAUAUCUGAAAGCAGGAAUCUCAACUUGUAUAUUUGGAAGGCUUACCAGUUCUGUGUGUGUGUGUGUGUGUGUGUUGUGUUAUACAGGUUUCCAAUACUCAGAAAUGUGUGCCUAACCUAACCUAACCUAUUUAUAACUGAGAAAUUGUUCAGUUGCCGAGAGUUGCAGUAGAUGUAAUAUUCUUAACUAGUAUUCCUCUGUCUUGUAAGAAGUGUGUGUGUUCUGAACCAAUUGUACUUUUACAGAAUGGAGUCAAGGUCAUGAUUUGUUGUAUUUAUCUUGAAGUGAUUGGUCCUUGUACACACAGCUUGGUCAGUCAGGCAGGUAGUCAGUCAGUCAGUCACAGUCAGUCAGGCAGGGAGGCAGUCAGUCAGUGUGUGCAUUCCAUUAGCUAAUUAUACGUUGUCAGAGCUACAUAUCCUCUCAUCUUUCUGAACAUGUUUGUACUAUUUCAUACUUUGCAUUCUUCGUGUGUGUGUGUGUGUGUGUGUGUGUGUGUGUGUGUGUGUAGUAUCCAUUCAGAAUCACACUGUAAUAACACAACUCAAACACCUUUUUUAGCCUGCCAUUUGUACAGCAGCUCCCAAAACUAUCUUUAAAAAAAUAGGAAGUGUACAUUAGUAUUUUUUAACACAUUAGGUGCUGAUGGUUGGCAGUAGUUGGUAGCCCUGCACACUAUUAUUUGGUGAAUAGAUUAGGCACACCACCAUCAUGCCAAACCACACAUACCAACCUUUCCAACACUACCAUCACCUCAAACCACACAUACCAACCUUACAACUCUCAGCAUCACACUAAACCACAUGUACCAUCACCUCAAACCACACAUACCAACCUUACCAACACCAUCACAUCAAACCACACAUAUCAACCUUACAGCACCAGCAUUACGUCAAACCACACAUGCCAACCUUACCAACGCCACACACGAACAUACAGCAGUUGCCAUAGUGUUCGUUACCCCACAGUUUACACUAAAGGUCUUGGUGUCUAUUGUCCUUAUGCAUUCCACUUGUAAGAAAUAGUGUGACGAGACAUUUUCUUUCGUUUUUAUUUAUUUAUUAAUUUAUUUAUUAAUUAUUUAUUUAUAUAUUUAUUUAUUUAUUUUAUUAUUUUUAUUAUUAUUAUUAUUAUUUUUUUUUUUUUCAUUUUCUUGUUCACUGGGUUAGGUUAGGUUAGGUUAGGUUAAAGGUCUUUGGGGGCCACUUUACAUAUCCAUAUACCAGUACAAGGGUGACACAUUACCUCACCAAGCCACCAAACCACAGGGCCUCUCCUCACUUCCUCACCAUGCCUCUCCACCUCCUCACCAAAGCAUUAGUGUUAGUGAUGGACUGUGUAGGCUCCUUAGCUCCACUCCUCAUGUGACCUGUACCUCAAAGCAGUAUUAUUCCUGUACACACCAGUGGAGGGAAAGGGAAAGCAUUUGUUUCACACGUACUGUUAACGGUGUCUCGAAAUGUGUCUCGGUAAUGAUCAAAUUUGUAAACCUUGUGUAUUUUUUUUAUUUGCAAGUUUUGUAUAUUUAUUUUUUUAGAUAUAUAAUUAUUUUGGAUAGUCAAUGAAGGUGAAAGCAUCUAACUAAACUUAUUAAUGUAUUUUUAGGUACACAAUUACUUUGAAAGGUAAAUAAGGAUGAAAUUAUCUAACUAAACUAAUUAUUAAUGUGGUUUAGAUAUAUAAUUACUUGGAAGGAUAAAAAAAAAUGUAGCUAAAGCCAAAAAUUAAUGUUUUUUUAGUUACAUAAUGACUUGGGAGGGUAAAGAAAGAUGAAAUUAUGUAGCUAAACUAAUAAUGAAUGUGUUUUUUAAUUACAUAAUGACUUGGGAGGGUAAAGAGAGAUGAAAUUAUGUAGCUAAACUAAUAAUGAAUGUGUGUUUAGGUACAUAAUGACUUGGAUGGUAAAGAAAAGAUUAAAUCAACUAACUAAACUAAUUAUUUUCUUAUGUAUAUCUAUUAUGUAAUGGGCUGUCAUGUCACAUCUCCAGUGGGUGUGUCGUGAGUCGUUGCCACACCUCAGGCCGCUCCGUCAGAAAACACUUGCCUACUUCCGUUAUGCACUGCCUUUGCUAUGCUACAGGCUGACCCAAGAGUCUGGAUGCAGGGAAAAUGUAUCAAAUGUCUUCUUUCUUCAUCCUCAGUUUGUUUUUCAUUGAUUUUGUGUAUUUCAAAAACUACAUCCUAAAAUGCAUCCUUGCCACACCUCCACAUAAGGCUCAAGUUGAAAUAGUGCAGGUUUUGAAGCAUAUUUUAAUGGUUUUAGUGACAGAUUAACCCCUUCAGUACCAGGAUGCAUUUCCAUAUUCAUUCUGCUUACUAUUUGGUGAUUUUAUACAGCUUCAUGAACUUGUGUGGAGAUUUAAAUAGAGAAAAC